UCGCCACCCCCCAAUGCUCCGAUCUACGCGCUGCCUCUAAAACUCUCUCUCCUCACAAACAAAACAACAAACAGCUAAGAUGCAAUCUUCACAACUUUGGAAGAAGAGGUUGAGUUUCAACAACAAUGAGAAGAAUAAUGCAAACCCAGAACCAUCAUUAAUUGUUAGGACUUGAGACUUGAAAUUUCUCCUGACAAUUUAAUCCUUGAAGGAGGUCCUUUUUGUAUGUUAGGAAAGGAGAAGCUAAUGAAACGCAAUAUGAAUGACAUUGACAAAGAAAUGUUCUUGUGAUAUUCGGACAUAGGAAUAUAUUCAGAUUCUUUUUUUUUUCAUAGAUUUAUUUUAUAUAAGUAAUAAAUGUCAGAAUUGGUGGCUCGGACUGGUCGGCAUCAGCAGCGGUAUGAGGAUGGUUAUCGCCUCAUAGCCGGGUGUAUUCCUUUCAAGUAUAGAGACUCAGGAGAAAAUGGCGAUGAUACACCAGAGAGAAUUCUUGAAGUUUUAAUGAUCAAUUCAGCUAGUGGACCAGGUCUCCUAUUCCCAAAGGGUGGGUGGGAAAAAGAUGAAACAGUUGAGGAGGCAGCAGUGCGUGAGGCUGUAGAAGAAGCUGGAGUUCGUGGGGAUUUGUUACAAUCCAUAGGUGAGUACAAGUUUAAGAGCAAAACACUGCAAGAUGAGUUUAGUCCGGAAGGUUUGUGUAAAGCUACCAUGUUCCCCUUACUUGUAACGGAGGAGCUUGAAUCAUGGCCAGAACAGAGUGUUCGACAACGGAGUUGGCUGACUAUUCCUGAGGCUAUUCAGCGCUGUCGGCACGGCUGGAUGCGUGAGGCCCUGGAGAAGGGCUUCUCAAAGUGGUACGCUGAUGGUAUGAUUAGCACGAGGAAGGAGGAUGACUAACUAUUUCUUUUCAUGAUUCAACCUCAUCUAUUUAGGAUUCACUAGGAUCUUUAACAACAAUGGUGCCAUCUCUGGCUGAUCUUGGUGCCUUGUUGGGGACUAGAAGGCCAGAGAUGAUGCCAUUAGUUUAACUUUGUUUUAGAAUGUUGAAUCAGUUUUCUUAUUUUAUUGGUUCUUCGGCUGUUCUUACAAAACUGAAAUCGUUGACAUGCAAAAGAAAAGAAAAAUUCCAGAAGGGGGAAGAAAAAUGAAACUUGUCUCCUCUGAUUGAUUUU